AUGUCGUACCAACAGUAUAAUCAAAACCCCUACGCCCAGGGACCCCAAGCCGAGAGCGGAUAUGACUACGACAGCCAGCAGCCGCAAUAUGGUCAAGGCCAGUACGAAAUGCAGCCUUACGGGGAGGCCGACAAGUUCGCCGAGCAGCCCGCGCCCACCACCUUGAGCCAGCAAGACUUCCUCCAGCGCGUGCAAUACCUGCGCUCAGAGAUCCAGGGUCUCACAUCUGAUAUCGAGAACAUCGCCCAGCUGCACCAGCGUUCCCUCGCCGCCCCCGACAACAGCGCCAGCUACCAGCUCGAGCAGGCCGUCUCCGCGACGCAACUCCGCAACACGGCAGUCAAGGACGGCAUCAAGGCCCUCGAGAAGGACCUGGCCAAGACACGGGAUGGGUCUCGCGCAACCAAGACCGCCCAGCUCAACUCGCUGAAGAACACAUUCAAGGCCGAACUUAACAAGUAUCAGCAGAUCGAACAGGACUACCAGCGCCGCUACCGCGACCAAAUCGCCCGUCAGUUCCGUAUUGUCCACCCGGAUGCGACGGAAGCAGAAGUCGAGGAGGCGACGCAGAUGGACUGGGGCAACGAAGGUGUUUUCCAGGAAGCGCUCAAAUCAAACCGGACAGGCCAAGCCAACUCCAUUCUGGGCAACGUCAGGGCUCGCCACAACGAGCUGCAGCGCAUCGAAAAGACGCUUAUCGAGCUGGCCACACUCUACCAAGAGAUGGCAACGCUUGUCGAAACCCAGGAGCCUGUCGUCGAGGCCGCCGAGCAAAACGCUCAGCAGACGGUCGAGAACAUCCAGAAGGGCAACGAACAGGUCGAGACAGCCAACGCUCACGCCAGGAGGCGCAGAAAGCUCAAGUGGUGGUGCCUUCUCGUCGUCGUGCUCAUCAUCAUCGUCAUCGCGCUCGGUGUCGGCCUUGGCCUCACACUGGGCAAGAAGACAACCAACACCUAA